AAGCGUGAAUCACUGAAGUACUCAAGUAUCUUACUUGUGGAAAAACUCAAAAGUUGUACCAAGUUGAGAAAGAUCUAGUCAAAAUGCAGGAUCCAAAUGAAGACACAGAAUGGAAUGAUGUCCUCCGUGCGAAGGGCAUUAUCCCCCCCAAGCCACAGGAGACGGAGAUGACAGAGGAGGACAUUGUUAACAUGGUAGAAAGUGCAAUACAGGAAAAAUCUGAGGGUAAGCCCAUGGACAAAAUGACCCUAGAUGAACUUGAUGACAUAGAGGAUGAGAUAGAUGAGGAAGAAGAGAGGAUAUUUGAGCAGUAUAGAAAACAAAGAAUGGCAGAAAUGAGGGCAGCACAGAUGAAAGCCAAAUUUGGAGAAGUCCGAGAAAUCACAAAGGCGGAUUAUGUUGAUGAAGUUAAUAAAGCUGGAGAUGGGGUGUGGGUGGUUCUCCAUAUUUACAAAGACUCAAUACCACUGUGUAAACUUCUAAAUCAGCAUCUGUCUCUACUGGCAAGGAAAAACCCACAAGUGAAAUUCCUGAAAAGCAUAUCCUCGUUGUGUAUUCCAAACUAUCCGGACAAGAAUCUGCCGACUAUAUUUCUGUACUUUGAAGGAGACCUGAAGAAACAGUGGGUUGGCCCUUUAAAUUUUGGGGGCAUGAAUUUCAAAUGUGAUGAGUUGGAGUGGAUGUUAGCCAAGGCAGGAGUCCUUGAGACGGAGUUGGAGGCCCCUCCCAAACCAGAGGUCAAGGACGUCAUGAACAUUGCUAUAAAACAAAGCACAAUUAAUGAUACGAACAGUGAUGAUGACAAUGACUGGAACUGAGCCCAUUUAACUUGGAAGGAAUUAUGAUAAUGCUUGAAACACAAUGAUCUGUAAUUGGGUCAAGGCUGAGGGCUCCUUGUUUUAAAUGAGAUCUUAUUUCACCAACUGCUCUUUGAGGAGAAUACAGAAGAUUUUAGGUGGCUCAGUUGCAUCAUGAGGGGAUCUUAAAAGUUGCUUUAUUUAAAACAUUGUGCCAGAGGUCUUUUGUCGUCACUAAGAUCAUGAAAUAUUGUCAAAAUAAUCAGUUUAUUCUCAAAUUGCGCAGUGAAAAUACUAAAAAAA